AUGGCGUCGCCGCGCCACCUACCCACCGGAUCCGCAUCCUCACCGAAGACAAAGAAGAAGACUGCAGGUUUUAACUUGAGGAAAAGUAUUGCUUGGAACCCUACUUUCUUCACCGAACAAGGUACACUAACUAACUAAGAGCUUUCUCUGCUUACUGGCUCCCAACUCAUGGCACAUACGAGCCCCACCUCUCGGGUCGGUGGUAUGUCCCCAUUCUGCCGCUUUGGGAGAUUUGCUACUGUGAGUGUACUCAAGGAAGCUGCAGAGAACUCUCGCGGAAAAUUGCCUGCGAAAAAUUGUAGCACCAAAAGGCAGGGAAGGAAAUUGUUUUCUUCAGCGACAACUCCUCAAAGGAAUCGAUGGAGAGAAUCCAUGGUGCCUGCCAUUACUGCCAUACGUGAAGAAGCCAGCGGCUCUGUAAAAUGCACAAUUUUUCUACCACAUCCACAAAUUACCCCCUCCCGUUCCUUUGGUGGCCCUGCAUCUACAUUUGCUAAGCCAUCAUCACUUCGAAUGCCUUCACCUUGGGUUGAUUUUUUCACUCAGGAAAAUGCUCAUGUGUCACAUGGCAAUGCUUAUAAAAGAAAUGUGGGAAGGUGCUUUAUGGGGAAUUCUUCAUCAUUAAUAAAACCUCCCAGGUAUAAGCAGCCUCAGGAUCUAAAAGACAGACUAGAUCUAACAAAGCCUCCAGGCACAUCAUUGCCCUCUUCCAUCUCAUCUCGAGUAUGCUCCUCUAGUGAUCUCACCUGUCAGAGCAAGUUAGAGAGUGGUUCUAGUGAAGCAAUUUACUUGGAAAAUCCUUAUGUUGGAGGGACCACACUUGCAAUUUCUUUGUCCGGAGUUGAAAGAUGCACUCCAGGUAUUGAUUUCUCGCAGGGAUUUGAUCCCCACGUUCACCAGAAUACUGAAUGUGCUACUUUACUGGAAUCUACAGUAUGUGCGGGCCAGACACCCUGUUGUGGUAGUUCAAACGGUGGAACACCAGCUCUAGCUGACUGUAAUUCAGAUUUUGGUGGUUCUUUGUGUAAUGAAGCUAAAUUAACCUGCUCAUUAGAAGAACCAAAUGCUGAUGGUAGAGUGGAGCUUGAAACAAAUAAUGAAUCAGCUGUAAAGGAAACUCCAUCAUUACAUGUGGGGUGUGAGCAUAACCACAAUUAUAGGAGCACAGAGCUUUCUCCUAUGAAACUGGAAGCACCUACGCUGUGCGCGGAAAGGCAACAUACUUUACCAGUAGAAUCUAACGUGGCAGAUAAAAUGGUGCUUGACUCAGACGUGUCAGCUCUAGAGGGUUCAUCAAAAAUAGAAAAUAUUAAGGCACUGGACAGAUCAAAAGCAAAUACGAUCCUUACAUAUCAUUUGAAGAACUUGGUACCGUUUACAGAAGAAUGGCUUGCUGUCAUGGAGGCUCGUGGGCAGGAAGUUUUGGAAUAAAAGACUGGCGCCGUGCAAAAUUCUCCUCCCGACAAAACUGCUCUAGAACCAAGCCUGUGGUCACCGGUCAAAUGGAAAGCGCAGGAUGUUGGACCAUUUGACUGUACAAAGUACUCUAAAAGCGUCACAACAUCUGGUACUCAGCUUUGA